AUGGCGGACAAGGCAAUCCUCGAAGCGCUCGAGAAGAAGGUGUACGACGCCGAGUCGUACGAAGAUCGCUCUGCUGCGCGCGCCGCUUUGAAGGAGUACAAGGCGACCGGCAAGCUGCCAGAAGGCUACGGUGCUGCUGCUGCUGCUGCCGCGCCUGUUCCUGUUGCUGAAGAAGCCCCUGCGCCCAAGAAGCGUGAAGAAGAGCCCAAGAAGCGUGAAGAAGAGCCCAAGAAACGCGAGGAAGAGCCCAAGAAACGCGAGGAAGAGCCCAAGAAGCACGUUGAAGAGCCCAAGAAACGCGAAGAAGAGCCUGCCAGUGACGACAACACACCCAAGGCGCUCAAGGUCAAGACGCGCGAUGCAUCAUCCGUCUUCACCCAACAAUCCACCAGCAGCAAGACUGCCCCGAAGGGCGCAGACCGACCCGUCAGCGUUGGCAAGUUGAGCUCGCCAUGGCUGGCCGGCAAGGCUGAGGAGAAGCCUGCUGCCAAGCCCGAGCGCGAAGUCAAGACUUCCAAGGCCGCCAAGCAGGAGGAAGAGCCGACUGCUGCUGCCAAGGAGGAAGAAAAGCAGGCCGAGCCGCCAAAGAGGGCGUCCAAGGCUGAGCCCGAGGAAGAGGUGGUGUCUGUGCCCAAGCGGAAGGUCGUGGAGGAAGUCAAGCACGAAGAGGUCGUGUCUGUGCCCAAGCGAAAGGCCGUCGAGGAAGUCAAGAAGGAAGAGCCUGCUCCCAAGGCGGCGGAGCCCGAGCCUGCGGCUGAAGCAGAGGACGGCGAUCUCGCGGCCACCGAGGCGCGCAUUGCCGCGCUGGAAGACGUGCUUGCCAAGUCGGACUCGUACGAGGAGCGAUCGGCGGCGCGUGUCGAGCUGCGUGCGCUCCGCAAGCGCGUCGAGGAGGCCAAGGCAGCCGCUGCCAAGCCCACCGGCAGCACACGAAAGACCACCGCUGCUCCCAGCAGCACUACCGCAUCGCCUGCUGCAUCCAAAGUCAAGUCCACCGCGUCCACAACUUCCUCGUCCCCUGCCGCAGCCUUGGCACGCCGUCCGUCGGAGGUCGAGGACAUUCCCCCGCCCAGCCCCUCCAAGACUGACAGCGGCCGCUCGCGACCCAGCUCCAUGUUUGUCUCGCCUGCCAAGUCGUCCGUCUCGACGGGCUCUGGCACCUUUGAGCGCCCCAAGCUUCGCGCUGGCAAAUCCACUGAAAACUUGAGCGACUCACCGGCCGCUCCUGCCGCCACCCCUGCUGGCGCCUUCGAGCGACCCCAGCUUCGCAAGUCCACUGAAAACCUCAGCGACACCCCUGCGAAAGAGACUGCCAAGGCUGAGCCUGCCUUUGGUCAGUUUGCCCUCCGCAAGUCCGCAGCAGCAGCACCAACCGCCAAGGAGGCUUCGUCGGAGAGCAGCACCCCCGCAUUCGGCUCCGUGUCGUUGAAGUCGCGCUCGAGCGUGAUUGCUCCCAGCAGCAGCAGCAGCACGUCCUCUUCUGGCUCGGCCUUGUAUGACACUGCCAAGCUCCGCCGCACCGAGUCCAAGAGCGAGAAGGUCGACGCCGUGGUGGAGGAGCCCGAGUCGCCCAAGCUUCGCAAGACCGAGUCGCGUUCGACCACAUCGUCGCCCGCCACCUCGGUUGCCCCUUCGCCAGCAACCUCCAUCAACUCGUCGAGCGGUGCCAUUUCCUUUGGCAAGACCACCAACGACGACCACAAGAAGGGCAACCUCGAGUACAUUAACAAGUACCUGGCUCGCGACGGUGCUGCUCGCAAGCACCUGCCCAUCACUGCCGGCAAAUCGUUCCAGACUGCCUUUGCUGAUGGCACGCUGCUGUGCCGCAUUGUCAACCAGGCCGUCCCCGACACGGUCGACACUCGUGCCAUCAACACGUCCACCGCGGACGACAAGAUUGCCGAGAACUUUACCCUUGCGUACAACUCUGCCAAGGGCGUCGGCUGCUCCCUCUCCAAGACCUCCCCCGAGGAGCUCCAGAAGGGCAGCGAGGCCGCCAUCGACCUGUUCAUUGGACAGCUCGUCAAGGUCGGCGCCAUGCGUCGCGUCAAGAUUGAGUAUGUCGACGAGAGCAAGGGCAUGCGCAAGCGCUGCGUGGCGUGCGACGAAAAGCCCCGCUCCCAAUACGGCAGCAAGGGUGACUUUGUCUUUUGCGGCGAUUGCUUGGCUCUUCCGAACGUGCAGCUGGCCAUUCACGGCAUUGCCGUUGGCGCCACCGUGCUCGGCGCGCUUGGCCCGCUGUUUGGCGCCACUGGCCCUUCUGCCACCUCCGGCCCGGCCACCAUCGGCACGGCUGUCCGCUCCGACUCUGCCUCCGUGCAGCAGGCUGGCGCAGAGAACAAGCGUGCGUCCACCCUCAAGGUGGAAGAUGGCGCAGAGAACAAGCGCUCGUCCAUCAUCAAGCAAGAUGAGAACAAGCGCUCGUCCAUUAUCAAGCAAGACGAGACUCCCGCGCCUUCGUCGCCUGUCGCCACCAGCAAGCGUUCCUCCGUGCUCAAGCAGGAGGAGUCGAGCUCGCCCGUCUCGAGCAAGCGCAGCAGCUUGGUGAAGGAGGAGUCAACGGAGGCACCUGCGUCACCCAAGCUCGCUUCCGAGCCUUCCAAGUUCUCGUCUGCAACAAAGGCGGCCGAGCCCAAGGCCGAGCCCAAGGCCGAGCCCAAGGUGUUUGCACCCAAGGUGGUCGAGAAGCUUCCCGAGCCAAAGAAGGAAACGGUCGCCCCUGCGACGGCCCCCGCCACUCCUGCCGAUGAGGACCCGACCGCCAAGUACACUGAUGUUGCCUCGGUGGAGGCGCGCAUUGCCCAGCUUGACGACCUUUCGCUUCUUUCGUACGAAGAGCGCACCGUGGCCCGCAAGGAGCUGCGCGAGCUCAAGAAGAAGCUCGAGACCCUUCGUGCUGCGUCCCCCGUCGCCAAGCUGUCGCCUGCCCACGCCUUGGCCGCCAAGAACACGACUUCGUCGAGCCGAUCGGCCUCGCCUGCCGUUGGCACCCCUACGCCCCCGGAUUCUCCUUCCGUCGAGCGCUCUGGCACGCCGACCAAGCGCGCCUCGCGCUCGGGCAAGGAUGCCAUGCUCGAGUGGUGCCAGUUCUGCUGCAAGGAGGAUGGCGUCGAUGUCAAGGACUUUAGCGAGUCCUGGAGCGACGGUCUGGCCUUCUUGGCGCUGAUUCACUUUUUCGCCCCCGACCAGAUUCCGUUUAGCGAGCUCAAGGCUGCUGGCGACCGUCGUCGCAACUUUACCGUUGCCUUCGAGGUUGCACAAUCCCUCGGCGUCGAGCCAUUCCUGGAUGUCGAAGACAUGGUUGCCAUGCGCCGUCCGGACGCCCAGAGCAUCAUGACCUACAUUUCCGAAAUUCGCAAGGCUGUUGUUUAA